AUGCCUGGGCAGGCUCAGGGUCAACAUGCCCAGGCAGCAACAGGUCAACAAGCCUGGGGCAGGGCUGGGUCACAGGCCAGCCUACAGGUCAUCAAGGCCAGGCACAGGCUGGGUCUGGGGCACGUCUGGGCCAGGUCACAUAGCUGCUAUGCCCACAACAGGCCAGCAGGCAGGUCAACAUGCCUGGGCUAUGUCAGGUCAUGCCGGGCAGGCUCAGGCCACACAUGCCCUGCUAGGCUAGGCCAACAUGCCGGCAGCAUCAGGUCAACAUGCCUGGGCAGGCCAGGCCGGGGUCAUGCCCAGGAGGCCAGGCUGGCCAUGCCUGGGCAGGCCAGGGCCGUCAUGCCGGGCAGGCCAGGCUGGGUCAUGCCAGGCAGGCUCAGGUCAUCAUGUGGGCAGGCCAGGGCUCUCCAAGACCAGGCCGGGCUACGCCUGGGCACUGGGUCAAAGUGUUAUGCUCAGGCUGGGCCAUGCCUAGGCAGGCUCAGGUUGGCCAAGGCUCUGGGCAGGUUAGGGUCAUUACACCUGGGGCAGCCAGGCUCGGUCAUGCCAGGAGCCAGGCCAACAUGCUCAGGCAGGCCUGUGGGCCAUACUGGGCAGGUCAGGCUGGGCCAUGCCCAGCAGGGGUCAGGCUGGCCAUGCCAGGCAGCAUCAGGCUGGGCCACAGGGCAGGCCAGGCUGGGUCAUGCCUGGGCAGGCCAGGCUGGGCCAUGCCUGGGCAGGCCAGGCUGGGCCAUGCCAGGCAGGCCAGGCUGGGCCAUGCCUGGGCAGGCUCAGGGCCGGGUCAUGCCUGGGGCAGGCCAGGCCAGUCAUGUCAGGGCAGGCCAGGCUGGGCCAUGCCUGGGCAGGUCAGGCUGGCCAUGCCAGGCAGGUCAGGGCUGGGCCAUGCCUUGGGCAGGUCAGGGGUCUAUGCCUGGGCAGGCCAGGUCAGUCAUGCUCCAGGCAGGCUCAGGCCGGGCUCAAGGCCUGGGGCAGGCCAGGCUGGGCCAUGCCAGGCAGGCUCAGGGCAGUCAAGGCCUGGGCAGGCCAGGCCGGGGUCAAUGCCUGGGCAGGCCAGGCUGGGGUCACACCUGGGCAGGUCAGGCCUGGGCUCAUGCUCUGGGCAGGCCAGGUCAACAUGUGCCUGGGGUGGAGGCCUGCACAACAAGGCCUGGGGCAGGUCAGGCUGGGCCUGUCUGGGCAGGCCAGGGCUGGGCUGUCUGGGCAGGCCAGGUCAACAUGCCCAACAGGUCAGGCUGGGCUCACAUCUGGGCGCAGGCCAGGGCUGGGCCAUGCCCUGGGCAGGCCAGGCUGGGUCAAGGCCUGGGCAGGCCAGGCUGGGCCAUGCCAGGCAGGCCAGGCCGGGCUCAUGCCCACAGGUCAGGGCUGGGCCAUGCCUGGGCAGGCCAGGCUGGGCCAUGCCUGGGCAGGCCAGGGGUCAAUGCCCGGGGCAGGCCAGGCUGGGCCAUGUUAGCAGGUCAGGCUGGGCUGCAUGCCUGGGCAGGCCAGGCUGGGCUCAUGCCUGGGCAGGCUAGGCUGGGCCAUGCCUGGGCAGGUCAGGCUGGGCCAUGCCGGCAGGCCAGGGGUCAGGCUUCAUGCCUGGGGCAGGUCAGGCUGCCUAGCAGGUCAAUAUGCCUGGGCAGGCCAGGCUGGGCCAUGCUCUGGGCAGGUUAG